UCAAACGUUGCUUGAGCCAUGAGCGCUUGUUGCUUGCUGAAUGGCUGCCUCACCGUCAGAACCAUCAGCUCUAAGCCGUCCGGCAGCAUCUGCGAGCCCGGGAGAAAUCGUCCCGUUGCCACAGAAGUCUAGAGAUACGCUGCUGCAGGAGUGCGGCGGUUUGCUGCAUUUCUUGUGGCUCACCAACAGGGCCUUCGACAAAAGCGGUGUGAGCAGCACAAACUUCGAGGAAUCCUUUGACUUCGAAAGCGCGAGGGAAGUGCGGCAUGUGGUUCACGGCCGGCCUUUUGGCAAGUUCGGCGAAGUAAAAUGCUCCUGGCUGCGGGUGGCCUUGAAAGGCAUGAACGAGCUGGAAAUGGAUGAAGGUGAAGGUGAGCCCAUUACAACCUACCACGGGACGAGGUGGCCGAAACUGCCAUGGGUUUUGAAAGACCGUUGCCUCAAGAGCGGUCCCCGCGAAGCUGGGGGGAAGAACGGAGUUUGGACAUCUCCUGUCUUCAAAACAGCAGAAACCUAUGCCUGGCCGGAGCCAUUGGGCAGUGCAGCGGCGCCAUACUUUGACCCCUGGGCUCACCUGGAGGAUACCAGCGAAUCAGAUGAUCGGUUCCAAGCCGUUCUGGAGUUGGAAGUGGUGCAGUGGCGGCGGCACUCAAAAAGUGUCUAUGUCACAAAUGAUGAAAGAAAGGCAGCCUUGACGGCCGUGCAUGUCAGAUGCUGGAGAAGAGGUGCGGAGGAUCAUGCUGAGCUCAGGCAGGCAUAUUUCCCGUCCUCCUUCAUGCCGAAUGGCGGCCGGCUUUGGUUCGUCGCAGGAAGCGAACCAGAGUGGUUGGAAAAGGAGAAGGGGGAGCUUGCGGAUGGAACUGCUGCACAAACACCCAAGCGCCCCAAGAAAAGGAAGAGCAUUCAAAAAGCACCAGGACCAAAAAAGGAUCCUGAAGACGAAGCAGACCCUGAAGAAUCCAAUGCUGCCAAGAAGGUCUCCGGUUCAGCGAACGAUCCAAAGAUCGGAAGGACAAUCUGGGGACAGAUGGAAACGACCAUGCCGGCUGGUGAGCUUCGCGACAAGCUAUGGAAAUACCUCUGGCGCACCUAUGGCAGUGCAGUGGAGCAGGCCUCCACGAAGCCAGGGCCGAAGCCUGAAAUCUUCCUGGUGCUUUGGCUCGAGGAAGCGCUACGGCGUUUGUUGCAGGCUUCCUGGGGCUCUGAGCUGUUGCAGCCAUCAAACUGCAUACAGAUUGUCGAAGCCAUGAAGCUCAUGCUGCAAGCGGGCCUUGUUCCAGAUCAACUGGAUUCUGCUCCCCCACGUCGCUGGAGUCAGCAACUGCAAGACCAGCUGCACGUUGCGCUUUCCGCCAAGUUGCGGGAGCAAGGAUCCAAUGGGAUUCCUGCAGAGUAACCAGCUGCUUCCUGGGGCUGAAGAUCUUGAUCUUGAAGUUGUGUAGGGGAAACCCGAUGGUGAUGGAUGCACAUUUCAUAGUGUCGGAG